UGUGACUAACUUUAGAGCUCAGCCUUUUUUCCCUUACUGCUGUUUAUAGAUGACAUAGGAACACUUGCUGGCACUGCAGCUGGCCUAAUGGACUUAAAGCUGGGAGUGAGCAGGUGAAGCAGAAGCAUGGCAUUAUUUAGCUUAGUGCUGAUUCCAUUUGUGAUCAGCUCUGAUGUUGCUUCUGCUUGCCAGAAUACAGAUGACUUUGUGGGCGCCAGUUCUCCAGGAGACAUUAUUAUAGGAGGUUUGUUUGCAGUUCACAGUGAAAUGCUGCAUCCAGAAGAGCAUCCUAUCAAGCCAGUAAUUCAGAACUGUGCUGGCUUUGAAAUUCAAAUUUUUCUUCAGACUCUUGCAAUGAUACAUGCUAUUGAAAUGAUCAACAAUUCAACAUUAUUAUCUGGAGUUACUCUGGGCUAUGAAAUCUAUGAUACCUGUGCAGAAGUUACAAAAGCCAUGGCAUCUGCUCUGAGGUUCCUGUCCAAAUCCAAUACUUCUAAGGAUAUUGUAGAGUUCAAGUGUAACUAUUCAGACUAUGUACCAAGAAUUAAGGCAGUCACCGGAGCCAGCUACUCUGAGGUGUCAAUGGCAGUUUCAAGGCUAUUGGCUUUGCAACUAAUCCCACAGGUCAGUCCUGCAUCAUCAGCUGAAAUCCUCAGUGACAAAAUCCGUUUUCCUUCUUUCUUGAGGACUAUCCCCAGUGAUUUCCAUCAGACAAGAGCAAUGGCCCACCUGAUCUGUGAAUCUGGGUGGAACUGGAUUGGAGUAAUAGCCACCGACGAUGACAACGGGCGCUUUGCUCUGGAGAGCUUUGGGGUCCAGGCCAUGGCAAACAGUGUUUGCAUAGCUUUCAAAGAAAUGCUGCCUGCCUAUCUCUCUGAUAACACCUUUCAUACAAAAGUUGAUUGUGCAAUCGAGAAGAUUGUCAAGGAAACCAGAGUAAAUGUCAUUGUAGUCUUUAUGAGACAAUUCCACGUGCUCAAACUAUUUAAGAAGGCAAUUGAGAGAAAUGUAAAAAAGAUUUGGAUUGCAAGUGAUAACUGGUCAACUGCAGUGAAAAUCAGUACAAUGCCCAACAUCAGAAAGCUGGGAACUGUUGUGGGAUUUGGAUUUAAAAACAAGGACGUAUCCACAUUCCAAGACUUUCUGAGAAAUAUUCAUGAAAGGCCCACUGAAAACAACAAGUUUUUACUUGAGUAUAUUAUGCUUUUGUCAGUCUGUGCACACCUGGACAACUACGAUUUUCAAAUGUGUAUUUCAAGCCAAUCCCAGUACGACCUGAUGCAAAUUGUUGAGAACAAACAUCAGAUCUGGAGAGACGAUUUUUUGAGUGCCAACAUUGAACCAGGAUUUAUCCAUAGUACUAUACUUGCAGUGUAUGCCAUUGCCCAUGCCAUAAAAGGGCAAUGCAAAGACAGAAACUGCAAGGACCCCUCUGCUUUCGCCCCCUGGGAGCUCCUUGAAGAACUUAAAAAAGUUACAAUCAUUGAUGAUGAUAAAGAAAUCAAGUUUGACUCCAAAGGCGAUAUGAGCUCUGGUUAUGAUGUACUUCUUUGGAAAGAAGUUGAUGGCCACAUGGAAAUCACCACUAUGGCAGAAUAUGACCCAGAAAACGGUUACUUCAUCUUUGAGGAUGAGGAGAAAAAAAAAGAAUUUCUGGAUUUAAAGAAGGUUCCAUCAACAUGCUCCCAGCACUGCAGACCAGGACAGAUGAAAAAGGUUACAGAAAGUCCACACACGUGCUGCUACGAGUGCGUUUAUUGCCCAGAAAACCAUUACAGCAAUCAAACAGAUAUGGAUUAUUGCUACCGGUGCCACAACAAAACCUACUGGGCACCGGUGAACAGCACUACAUGCUACAGAAAAACAAUCCACUUCCUCGACUGGUCAGACUGGUUUGCUAUUUUCCUGCUCCUCCUCUCUGCCUUCGGGGUUGUGCUCAUUUUUUCCAUCAGUGCAAUAUUCACUAAAAACUUGAGCACACCAGUUGUAAAGGCAUCCGGAGGUUUAACUGUCUGCUAUAUUAUCCUCCUCAGCCACUUCUUCAUUUUUUUAAGCACUGUGUUCUUCAUAGGUGAACCCACAGAGUUCAAAUGUAGAACUCGCCAAGCCCUCUUCGGUGUAAGUUUUGCACUCUGCAUUUCAUGUAUUUUAAUAAAAUCACUAAAAAUUUUACUAGCCUUUAGUUUCGAUCCCAAGCUGCAGAAUUUCUUGAAAUGUGCCUAUAAACCUAUAACCAUUGUAUUCAUCUGCACUGGGAUUCAGGUUAUCAUUUGCACCUUCUGGCUAAUAUUUAGGACGCCUUUUGUAAAGCAAAAUUUCUCUAUUCCGAGAGCCAUCAUUCUGGAGUGCAAUGAGGGCUCUGUUGUGGCUUUUGGGAUUAUGCUGGGUUACAUAGCUGCUCUAGCCUUCAUCUGCUUCAUAUGUGCCUUUAAAGGCAGGAAGUUACCAGAGAACUACAACGAAGCUAAGUUCAUAACAUUUGGCAUGCUAAUUUACUUUAUAGCAUGGAUUGUAUUUAUCCCUGUCUAUGUAACUACGUUUGGCAAAUACCUACCAGCGGUGGAGAUCAUUGUUAUAUUAAUAUCCAAUUAUGGGAUUCUCUGUUGCACUUUCUUUCCUAAGUGCUAUAUCAUAAUUUACAAGCAAGAAACAAAUACAAAGUCUGCCUUCCUCAAGAUGAUUUACACGUACUCUUCCAAGAGUGUGGGCAGCAUUGCUGUCAGCCAGAUUUCCUUGGACUCGAAGUCUUCCAGCUCCCGAAUCACUGCGUCAGACUCAUGUAAUGCUGAGAAAAGCUCUGUGAAUGGAAACUGCCAUAUUCAAGUGCCUGGGCAGACACCAGUAAAAGAGAAAGUUGCUUCUAAAAGUGCAGCAAGGACUCUGUCCAGGAAAAGGCUGUCAAGCAUAUGACUGGGCAUUGCUGAAGUACUAGAAGAAGGAAAGCCAUUCUCCUUCAGAUCUCUCUCUUUUUGGUACACCCAAGGAAAGCACACCGUGCAAACCAUACUCUGAUGGUUAUUCAUUGCUAGGUUUGAAAGGCUUUCCUUGGAACCCCAGCUAUUGUGGGGACCUCCAGCAUUUCUCCCCUGUCUCCCUCCCCAUCCCCAACCCAUUCAUACAAACCACCAGAGCCAGGACCACAAUGCUCUCAGCCAAACACAAGUGUCAGCAAGGCCUUACUUCUCACAGACAAGCAGGCAGGAAUGCAUGGACUCACACAGUUUUUCUAAUGUCUUUUCUACCCAAUUGCUUAAGGAGCUCUUCUUCUCACCUGGAUCUGUUUCACAGGUCAAACAGAGCCCCCUCCUACUCUUUGUUUGCCAGGAUAAACAAGCCCAGUCCUUUUGUCUCCACUUUUAAGAUAGGCUUUCUAUUCUCCUGAACAUCCAAAAGCAACUUUUUCAGCCAGAUUGGAUGAAUCCUUUGUUGGUUUUGAAUUCCGUGCCCAAAAUUGUGUGCCUUAUUCCAUAUGGGUGCUGCAGCAACAUCUAAAGUUCCUUGUAUUUACUAUAGAGAUAAUGAAUUGAAGAAAGGGCAGCAUAAAAAUAGAAGGAUUUACCUGGGCUGCUGCAGUUGUUUGUAGGCUCACUUACUUUUUUUCUGUACUCAGAAGUGUGUACUCACACACUUUCUCUAACUCAGGUGGAGAGAUGACCCAUUACACUUGUCCCCAGGUAUCCUCUUUUUUGAAGGAACGAAAUUUCCUUCCUUCCACAAUAUGCAACAUCAAAGCUUACAAGCAUAAAUUGAUUCCCUUCAUUAGCAUAAAUAAUGUAAUAAUCACAAUCAGCAUGAAUGCACCCUGUGAAUUUUAGCUUAAUUGACACUUGUUCAAAAAGUCUAACUUUUACAAGAACAUGGCAUUACACCACUCCAGUGCAUUAAAAUCACACCAGAAUGAGCUGCUCUGGAAGUCUCUGCUCUGCAACUCCAUGAAUACGGCUACACAGCAUCUUCUGUGCAAGAGGCACUCUCCAGGAAGGAGGACUGUCAGCUGGGACAGCCACACUGCAUCUCCUAGUCAAGGAUGGCCAAGUCUUGUGCUGGGCAGGGCACAGCUUUCCUGUGGAGCUGUCUCACAGCUGGGGUGGAGGAGAACAUCUUCAGACACUGAGCAGCAGAAGGCUUUCGAAGAACAUUUCUAUGUGUUCAUGAGGCCCCUGGCGUGGACCAGAGAAACCCCACUUUGCAACAUUAACUGCAAAAAGAUGCUUACCUCUUCAGUUUGGUCCAUGCUUCUGUUUAGAUGUGGAAUGAUGGUAUAUUUUUGCCGGCCGAAACAAAGCUUGGCAGACUUGUUGUUGCAUGUUGUGUUAUUGUUAUAUGCAAUAGAUCUAUUUUUCAGCGUUUCUAUUUAUAUGCCGCAACCGACAUCUGCAUGAUUUUCCUACUCAGAUUUGUUUAAAAUGUCUACAGAUCAGAUUUCAGCAACGGACACAAUUUCUGAAAUCACUGUGAUGCAGACUUACAUAAGUCAUGCAAGUCUGGGAAGACAGUUUUUAAGUAGUAUGAAUGGCAAGGGUGUAAUUUAUAUAUAGAUUUGAGCAAUUAUGUGCUUUCUGCAGCCGACUGGAAAUGCUGCAGGUUUAUGCACGUACAUUUGUACAAUAACUGCUGUUUGUGCUUCAGUGGUUGUGAGUACUGUUCAGAACAACAAACCUAUGUGCAGUGAGGUUUGGCUGCUCCUACAGUUUGGCUGCCAAUGUAGCAAAAAGAAGAACACAAAGCUUUCAUCACCUGAUGAGUUCCAAAAAGCUAAUUUGGCUAAUAGUUUGUACAUGUAUUUACUGUUUUCAAAAGCAGUGAGCAUAUCAUUUAUUGAACACUGGAGUGA